CUGGUUGGCAGCACUUUGACAACAAAUUUUAAGGUUAUGUUGUCUGUCAUCGAUCAAAUAUUUAUCGAAAUAAACCGAAAAUGCCCAAACCAAACAUGAAAACGGCAAAAUUAGACUUCAACAAAAUAUGCAGGACAUGUUUAAGCAACAGGGGUCACUUGCGUGAAAUUUUCUCCACGAAAAUACCAAGAAUGAUUGAAAAUUUGACAUCUCUAGAAGUAUCUAAAGGCGAUAACUUACCUACAAGUAUAUGUGUAAAUUGUUUUCACUUGAUUGCGAAAUUGUACACAUUUAAAAAGAAAAUUGAAAGAAGUGAUAGAAUCCUGAGAAAAAAUAAAUUCAUUCAAAGUGAUAUUCUAAAUAUAGCCUUAAACGAUGCCCAAAUCGACGAAAAUACCAACAACAAAUUGGAAUAUGAAGAAUGUGACAGUGAAGAAGACAUUCCGUUAAGCAAAAGACUCCAAUUGGAGAAGUUGAAGAAAGAACAAACUACAACUGAAAUAAUAACAAUGGAAAAUGUGGAGAUAGUGGAGACUAAUUUGUUUUCAGAUGGGCCUCCACCUUUGGUUCCAUUGGAACCAAAAAAAAUUGUUGGGGGGGUGAAGAUCCCUGAUCUUCCCAAAGAUACACCCCCAUUGAUUCCCAUAAAACCUUUAGUGAAUCUGGAGACUGUUAUUAAGCAGAAGGAUAUUAAAUUGCAAUGCAAUAAUUGUGGACAGGAUUUUCAGAGUUUGGCGGAUCUAAAAGAUCACAAAUUAAAGGUGUGUCAGCAGAAUUCUUUGCAGUGCAAUAUAUGCAAAAAAGAGUUCAAAGAGAGGAAAAAGUUGAUAGGCCACCUGAAAGGACACAUGGUGGUCAAAGAUUACAGGUGCAAUAUUUGCGGUAAAUGCUACCCAAAUAACAGUUCAUUCAGUGUUCAUAUGAGAACACAUACUGGCGAAAAGCCUUUUAAAUGUGAAGUGUGUAAUAAGGCUUUUGUGAGAUGGGGUGGAGUGGUGGGCCACAUGAAAACCCACGAAACCGAAAAACCCUACAAGUGCGAUAAAUGUGAUAAAACCUUCAAAAUCCCAUCAAACCUGGAACGCCAUAAAGUCCUCCAUGCCGAUAUCCUGCCUUACUGCUGCAGUUAUUGCGGCAAAACCUUCAGCCAAUCAGAUAACCUAAUGCUUCACGUGCGCAGCUAUCACACUAAAGAAAGGCCUUUCCUUUGCAACGAGUGCGGUAAGGGUUUUGUCAGCUCGACAAGGCUCAAAAGGCACAUGUGGGUUCAUACCGGUUACAAGCCCUACCAAUGUGAUUUGUGUAUGAAGGCCUACACGAACAGUAGCGACCUUAAAAAUCACCGGAAUCAGCACUAUGGGCAGAACAGCAAAAGAGACAAGCCCUAUGCUUGUUUGUCAUGCAACAUGAGGUUCUAUCAUCCUUGCAGGUUACAGAGGCACGUGAAAAUACACGAGAAGCCUUAUUUGUGCGAAAUUUGUUUGAAGUCUUUUUCGACGGAAACUUUUCUGCACAAACAUGUUCAGACCAAACAUAACCGUGAGAUGGUUGAAGAAGUUCUGCUAGAAGAUGAGGAUGUCAAUAAUAUAUUUGUGCAGUAUGAGUAAGGUGUUAACUUUCUUGUAAUUAUAGAAAAGUGAUAAUAAAUAUUCCACAGAUUAUAAAAUGUAUUUAAUUAAAUUAUUUAGUCUAUAUUUAUUAGAGACG